AUGCAGCGGUUGACGCCAUUGGAGUACAGAAGCAUCUUCACGAGCAUUUCUGACCGUCCAAGGCACCUGCUAUUUUUGAAACGCUCCGUGCCCAUUUGGACACGCCCCGCGCGCGCCGGCGCCAAACUCUUGCCGCGCGCCUCCGCAUCUUCCUCCCUCCGCCUCCCGCACGCCCGCGUCGGUUACCCCCUCCUCGCGUCCUCCGGGCCCAUCGCCACCCUUCCUCCGCUUCUCCCUCCCUCCCUUUCUCUUCCACGGACACACCGGAGGAGGAGAAGGGCCAUCGAUCCGAUCGGGGAGGAGGCGUGGCCAGCGAUGGGUCUCCGCAGGGGCGUCGCGCUGCGCGUGGCCGUGCUCGCCGCUGCCGUCGGCUUCGCCACCGCCGGGUUCAUCUCAAAUGACGCGCUGCUGGAGCGCGGGCACGACACCACCGGCCGGAGCCUGCUGCAGGCCAAGAAAGAUUGCCCGGUGAGCUUCGAGGGCGCCAACUACACGAUCAUCACGAGCCGGUGCAAGGGCCCGCUGUACCAGCCGAGCCUGUGCUGCGGCGCGCUCAAGGACUUCGCGUGCCCCUACUCCACCUACAUCAACGACGUCACCACCAACUGCGCCGCCACCAUGUUCAGCUACAUCAACCUCUACGGCAAGUACCCGCCGGGCCUCUUCGCCAACACCUGCCACGAGGGCGACAAGGGCCUGUCGUGCCCGGAGGACACGCCGCAGGUGCAGCCGGGCCAGAAGGCCUCCGGCGCGGCCGCCGUCGCCGCGCCGGCUGCGGCCGUGGCGGUGGCGGUGGCGGCCGCACUGGCUGUGUCAUCGAUCAUGUCGUGCUGAGGCCAGGAAGGCUGUGGGGACGUGACUGUGUAACCAACCGUGUGCUUCUGUACCACUUGCCGCUGGAUGAACGGGUUUGCAGUUAUAUGCAUGUGUGUAUACCUGAAUUUCGAGAAGGGUGGUAGACAGGUAAUGCUAAUCCAACUUAGUCACUGUUCUUUCACCUCCUGAACAUGAACGUGGUAAAAUUCCUUCAAAUGCAUGAUGCAACACGCGAUUUGGUUACAAGGCUGAAGAUUUUGUUGUCGUCCCUGAGGUUUUACUUUUACAGGGGCUCUGAUUAGGCUCAAUUUGCGAGUGCCGUCCCUUCUGGGAAAAAAAAAUGGCUUGUAGACUGCCAAUUUUCACACACAGUUCAUUUGCUUUUGUCGAAUAGAUUGAGGUCCGUCAUCCAGUACAUCUGUGCAAUGAGCUUUCUGCUUCAUCUGAAGUUCUGAACAGGCUCAGCCAAGUAAACGAAGCGCUGCACAAAUGGACGGCCACUGCACUCACCUCCCUGUCCACCCAAGUAACUUGCCAAAUGCAAAGACGGUGACAUCCCUACUGGAGAAAAACA